AUCACUGAUCUGUUAAGUUUAGCCAAGAGUGUAUCGAUCAAAAUGAGUUAGAAAUAAUCUUCAGUGCCUUCUAAAAUAUAAUUUAACUAAUUAUUUUAUGGAAACAGCAUUGAGGACUUGAUUUUUUUUGAAGAAAUAUGUUCGACAUAUUUUAAUAAUAUACACACAUACCCAUAUGGGCGUUAUAUGUUUGUGCAAGUGCAAGAAAUGCUAGCAGAAAAUCGAUAAAUUUUCUAGUCACUCAUGAAUUGUUUGGUUCGCACUGCUGGUGAAGUACUUAUUGACAUUAAUAAUCCACAGUCUUAUUUAAUCCAGUAUUGCUACUAUGAAAUUUUAAUAACUGCAUUAAAUAUAUGAUUUAUACAUGACAAAUGUUUAUCUGCGCUAAAAAUAAGACCAUACGUCUCUUUUAAAGUAGCUUACGUAACGAUGAACUGUCUUCAGUCCAUGGAAGAAAUCCAAUAAAUUACGUAUGAUCUUUUUUUUUUUUUUUGAUACUGAUACAUUCCUCAUAAAAAGGAGCUUUGAAAAUUAAAUAUGUUUGUGGGCAACAAAAAUGUGUCAUUUGUAAGAACCAGUGGAAUCGUAAUGUCUAAUGUUAACACCCAUAAGGAAAUGACAUCAGUAAAUAAUAAAUGGGUAUUUCCUCCAAAAGUACCUACGCCAAAUAUCUGCAAGUACUUAGACAAAGAUACUUUCGAAGCAGUCGAGGAAAAGAAUACUUUACGUGGACUUAAGAAACAAUUUAGCGGUCGAUUCAAACGCUUCGCUGCCAAGAAGCCGGAUACACACCCAACCAUUCCUCCUGAACUUAAACCACAACUAAAAACUAUCUAUGUGUACUGAUGGCUUCAAAUAAAUCCUUUAUGUGUUACAAAUUCUAAAUAAAUACCAAUUUAUUUA